CGAUACCUGCAUCGUUCAAGCAACGACUGACGGAAGCUCUCCCAAUUUAUGGGAGAUUAAUGCUCAAUCUGGAGAAGAAGCAUCGAGAUCUGUGUGACCUGGAUGACGCAUGUCCCGCAUGCAGAUAUGCGUCUGGUCCCAAGAUCAUAGCUGGAGAUGGAGACCAGUCGCUACGUCGACAAAGGAUCCGAAGGAAGUCGCCUUUGAAGGCCAAGAGGAAGUCGAUCGCUCGUGGGUCAAUCCGGAGCAAGUAAUUCAAUAUGAAAGCUCGGCAACUGACGGAUGUGAGACUUGGCAAGCUCUCAACUCAAAGAAGAGAGUAAAAACAAGCCAUCUGGACCAGACAGGAGCAUUCGCGUGUACGUGUGGUCAUGGUCAUCCAGUGGCCAUCAUCGAUAUGAAUACGCCAGGCGAACAAUAUACGUACAUGCUUAGCUGUCUACAGAAGGUGAUCGACUUACCCCUUUACGGAUCAAACAUCCGCAUCAUGUACGAUGUCGGUUGCAAGCUUCGUCCUGCUCUGCAGAGACUUUGGUCAUUCCUCAACGGAUUUGUGUCUAUGACACGACAUAUGUCGUCUCUCAACAGACGACUCAAGCUGACGAUUGCUCUGAACUUUUACGCCCAACAAAAAGAUGACAAUCUAGGCCAAUACAUCCGCCGCAGAUACGUACGCACACUCAAGCUUGAAGAAGAUGCGCUGAAAGCUCUAAGACAGUCGGCGUUAUUCCAAAAAAGAAACGUCGAAAAAGAUGGCAGCAGCAGAUUUGCUCAAACAUGCAGAGCUAUAGAGAAUUUGCGUGUUGCUAUUGCUAUCUAUGAUAUUAUUAAUCAAGCUUUCAAACACCAAGGCAAUGGCCACAACCAGACGCAGAAUCUCGCAGGCCAAAGACAAGCAGCGCGAAAUCAAAUUGAAAAGCGCCUCAUAACAUACAACACGAAGAUCAAUGCCGGACCUGUUUUUGGCUUCGAAGAUUAUGGUAACGAUAUCAAUGCAGUACUUCGAAAAGACAGUCAUUUACGUUUUCGCAUGAACAUCAUUUGCACCGUUGAGGAUAACGCACCAUACGACGCUUUCCAUGGUUUGCAAAGAGCAAACGAAGAACUUGCUUUUUUGAAGGACGAAGCCGCUUCUGUGUUAAAGUAUGGACAAGCUGCUAUUGAUAAGCUCGAAAUGGCUAUCAACGCAGCCGUAACUGUGCCAUACAAUUUGGAAGCGUGUUAUGGCCAGAUCGGUUUGAUCCAAAUGUGGAAACGCAAGUUGGAGCGUGCCAAGUCUUGGCAAAGAGAACAAGCGAAACAAUUGGCCGUAAUUCUUGAUUCUACCGAGGCUAACCCAGGAUCCUUGUCGCUGCUUCGUAAUGCUGCUGGUACGGAAGAAGAAGACUUGGAAGAAGAAGAAGAGGAGACAAAUUGGAGGUGCUAGACCCUACAAAGAUAGCCGAUGAAGUUGAAGACGAGGAAUGGGAAGUUGAUCCAACUCUAUUUGGAGACGGAAUUCCGGUUGAGAUGCACCAACCUCGUCCGCUCAGUAAACACAACUCGCAACCUUUUUUCUAUUUGCUUACGAUAAACAAGAAUAUGGAUAUGUAACAAUGGUGCUCAAGUGCUAUGUAUGCUAACAAGCAUUAUAUUUAGUUGGUUUUCUUCACAAUCAAACUCAUCGGGGAUCGCAUCUAACAAUCGGCCAUAUUUGUGACAACGGAUGUAAAGUCUAACUUAGCUAACGGUUACUAUAUGAUAUACAAGAGGGAAUCUGAAUCCUUAGGUUAGCCAGCUCUUUUUACCAGAAUCUAUAUGCUCGGUGAUCAACCGAUGAAGGGAAAAGCUAAGUCAGUUUCUUAUAUGCAUCACCUUUUUUACUUGAUAAAUAAAUGUGAACAAUG